ACUCGCCGACAGGUGGCUUAAUCUCGUAAAUCUCGUUGACGCACUACUCGCUACACAUCAUUCUAGUUUCAACGCUGGCAGCUAGGUGGCGCGGUUUACGAAAAGGUCAUUGAAUCGUGGCUUGUUCCUACCAUUCAGUUUUUUUUCUCGCCAGCGCCAGUUCACUCACCACAUGACAGCGCGUAGUGGUCGGCUGCGGCCAAAUAGUGUUGUUCUAUGCUAAACAAUAGAUUAAUUUCUCACAAGUGAAUGAAACAGGUGUGCAAUGCUGUGUCAUUUAUUUUGCAGUGACUGUCUUGAAACUAAUGCAAACUUUUAUUGAAGUGUUUUAAGAAUUUAACGUAGUUUUUCCGUUAAAUUAAUUUCGGAAGUGUGACAAAGUAGAAACUUUCUCGUGUUAUCAAAUUUUGCGGUGUUUUGUGAGAACAGCGGUUCUAAAAUGAACUGUAUUUACUAUUGCUGUUAGUGUUUCACUGUAAUCCAUCAAGAUGACUACAGACAGGUUCCAUAAGGCGGCCAAAGACGGGCUGCUCGACGUGCUGCGCGAGGCCACGCGCAAGGAAUGCAACAACAAAGACGAAUCCGGAAUGACGCCUACUCUGUGGGCCGCUUUCGAGGGCCACGUCGAGGCGCUGCGCCUGCUCUGCGGCCGAGGGGGUGAACCCGACAAAGCAGACUACUUCGGGAACACGGCACUGCACCUCGCUUCAGCGCGGGGGCACAAGGAAUGCGUCACAUUCCUGGUGAACUUCGGGGCUAAUGUGUACACGAUGGACGUGGACGGCCACACGGCUCAGGAGCUCGCUGCUAUCAACGGGAGAGACGAUAUAUUGCGGUUCCUGGAUCAGGCCACUGCUAAGUUGGAGAAUAAUGAUAAAAAAAAGGCGAAAUCUAUGAAAGAGAAAGCCAAGAAAGACCACGAAAAAUCUCAUAAACAAUACCAAAAGCGACAGAGCAAAGCUGAGAUAAUGGCUGAAAAAGAAUUAAAGAAGCUGGCAAAGGAGUGGGACCAGGGGUACAACGAGGAUGUGUCCACGAUGCCCCACAGGCCCAGCACCGUGCUCAUGGCUCUGAAGCAGAAGAUGACCAGGUCCAGUAGCCAGGGUAACUUACUCGCUGACGAGCAGCCCAGACCGACAUAUAGUGCUUUAGUUGGAACAGUAAACUCUGGCGCCCGCGGGCGCGGCGCCGUCUACAAGAAGGCUUUAGCUAGCAAGAUGAAGAACGGCACAGUGGGUCGUGCUGGGCCGACUGAUGAUUUCAAGGUUGGCGAGGUGGAGCACGGCGGCCGUCGGUCCGUGACGUCACUGAGCGGCGUGAGGCGCGAUUCUGAGGUCAUGUACGUGGGUACCUUCGGUGCCGGCCCUCAGGCUCGCGGCGAACUCAACAACGUGUUCAAACAACAGGCACCGACGGAGCGACAACCACUCACUAGAUCGUUGAGCCAGCCUGAUUUCACGGCGGCACAAGGCGAGGACAGCGGAAUCGGACAAGAGGUGCUACUACAGGAACCCGCCAGUAUAUUCGACCGACCUGGUUUCGGGAGCGUCGCUUUCCGACGAUCAAUAACGGCAACGCUGGGAGCGUUGCCCGCGGGCGGUGCACCAGGCGAAGACAUGUCCAUCGGCUCCGCGGGCUCGCUGGCCGCGCGCCACGCCUACCAGCCCGCUGAAUGGAACUCCGCGCAAUCUGAGAGCUCAACAAUAACGUCCGACGAAGAAGGCGAGGCAGACGACUCGGGCUACGCAUCGCUCGAGCGGUUCCUCACGGCAUGGGGCCUCGCUCAAUACGUUCAAAAGUUCAAAGACGAGCAGAUUGAUCUAGACGCCCUAAUGCUGUUGACGGAGAGCGACAUGAAGUCGCUUGGCCUCCCACUCGGGCCUUAUAGGAAACUGGUUACAGCUGUGCAGGAGAGAAAACAGGCGUUGAGCAAUCCGGGGGUUAUUAUCGAUUCUGCUAUAUAAGUUUGCAAUACCUACUGAGUGUAACCAACGACACCAACGUUACACUCCAACAAUUGAUGCAUUUUUUCACAUUCACAUGUUUACCAAGUUGAGAUUUAUGAGAAUGACGUUUGUAAUUCUUGUAAAAACAAGAUAGUUCUCGUUUUUAUUAUCUGAAUUAUAAUGCGUUAUUUUGUCUUUAUUACGUCACAUUACAGGUUCUCGAGAGUAGGUACAGUCAUCCAUCCUAUCAAUCAUACUAUGAAAUUGUCUAAAAUUAAAUUAAUGCAAAUGCUUGGUGAACUUUAAAAAUAAACAUAUGUUUUGAUUUUUUUUUCUGUUUUUGCAACUUUUUCGUGAUGCUUUCCAUUUUGUAUAGUGUUUAAUGAAAUAUACCUACUUACAUAUUAGAUACCUAAGAUAUGUAAUUAAGUGUCACAAUCAUUACCAUGUUUUCAAUUAGUGGCUUUUAGGUAAGUAAAUACCUACUUAUUGCAACAACAUAUUAUUUAUAUUGCGCGUUUUCUAACGCUAGUAUCUAUGUUCUUAUAUUGUAUGAAGUCAUGGUACCUACUGAUUGAGAUUUUCUUAUUAUGAAAACCAUUUCUAAAGUGUGAUAAGAACCACAAUAAUCAUGUCUAGUGACAAUUUACCCAUGUGUCGCCAUAAAAUAUUUUUGUACAUUUUUUAAAAUAUAUUUUUAUACGAUCA